AAUGCUCACAGUGAACACUGAAUUGAAGCAAGAAUUAGAUUUUAAGAAUUGACUUGUAAUUACUCACAUACUGCAAUACAUUUUCAUGAAGACUUUGUGAUUAGUCAGAUGACGCCAGGGAUAUUUGUUCAUACACCCCGUGGCAAAAAUUAGGGAAUCACUGCUUCUGGAUGAUCAUUUAAUUUUUAAAUUUUGGAGAAAAAUCAAAAUAACGGGUGCCUCACAAAAAUUACUAAGAAAAAAAAAAAGACAAGAAAACAUUUCAUCACCAAACAGACAUCAGAUUGAAGCCAUGAAUUAGUCAGUAGUUAAAAAAGAUAGGCGAGUCACUGAUGGUGUAGUGGUACAAACGCCUGACUUUGGUGCGGCCAGUGUAGGAUUGAUUCCUGCUCAGUGAUGGCGUUGAUAUCUGCCCUGUGACUGACUGGCAACCAGUUCAGGUUGUAGUCCGCCUUUCGCCCGAUGCUGGCUGUCCCCUAAACGUUGUGAGGAUAAGUGGCUUGGAUAAUGGAUGGAUUAAAAAAGAUAGCUCACUCCUUGGAGAGCUGAUGUAUAUCAAGUGGAUUGACGAAUCGUGGCUCCAGCAUGAAAGAUGUCAGUUGAAACAAGUGACAACUUCAACAAGGUGAAAACAGCACAGAAUGUUCCUAAAUAUGUAGGUUGUUCCCUGUCAGCAUUGUCAAAAAUCUCAACUAGUUAAAAACAAAAUGGACUGUAAAAGGAAAACAUCCUGGUUUAUCAAGGAAGACCUCAAAUCAUCAAGAUUAAAAGCUUGAAUCAAUAUUUUGUGUAAAAAAAAAAAAAAAAAAAAAAAAAAAAAUGCACAGCAAAACAAAUGUAGUACAAAUGGGCAUAAACUGGACCCAAUGUCUGGGACUGAACAAUAAGUAAGGGGGAUUUAAACAGAGAAAAGCCGAAAUAAAGCCACCCAAACACACAAACAAUGGUGCUCCAGUGGGCUAUAGAGAAGCAAUCAACUGUGGACGACAGGAUGAAAGUGAUUCAGUGAUGUGUUACAAUUGCAUUGGGUAAGGUUAUGAUGUGGGAACAUUUAAUACUGUUCCAAAGAGAUUUAUGAAGGAGACUACCUAAAGAUAAUGUGCAAAUUUGGAGUCAUUAAUGAUAUUGAGCUGCUUGUCAGGUAAAGGCACAGAGGAGAUUGCCGUCAUUACAUCUUUCAUAAAUGCACAACUUUACAUAGAAAUUUUGGACACUAAUGAUUCCACUGAUUUAAAGCAUGUUUGGAGACCCAUCCUGUUUCAAGAUGAUAAAAUAUAAUAGCUGGAGCAAUAAAAUACUAGUUCUAUAAUUUUCUUUGUUGUUUGUUUCUUUCAGAGGAGGGCAGUUGUUUUUGUUGCCAUAUUAUUUCCUUAAGAAUUGAAUGAUUUCAUAUCUUUCCUGUGCUUUCCCUUUUCUUGCUCUUUAAAAAAUAUUUUUUCAGCCGUAAGGGUGAUUUUGAAUACCCACUGUCUCGUGUAGCAUCUGUGAUUUUCCUUUUUUCUCUGAAAUUUAAAUCAGGGGUCACCAAACUUUCAAACUCAGAGCUACUGUAAUUCCUGGGUACUAGGGCUACCAAUUUGAUGCACACAUAACAAAUUUAGACAAUAUAUUUGGGAGUAAAUCCAGCCAUUUUCAUUCCAAUGCUUGUCGCCUUGAAUUCUUUGUUGCGUACACUAAAAAAGUGACCUUUGAACUACUAGUAAAAAAAGUUACACGGAUACAGGUGAGGUAUGAUUUCAAGAAUAGCAAAAAAAAAAAAAAAAGGUAAGUGGUGGUAUAUAAAACAACAACAAAAAACUGGUAAGUGGUGGUAUUUAUUUAUGCACACACACAUUUGGACAAAAUUUUAUAUGCCGCUUUCGUCGAAAAAAAUAUAACGAAAUUAUACAACCCGAAACAUGGAGCAUCUUUCAGUGACCCAAAACGAAUACAUUACUGUGGCUCCCAAUGGAUUCCAUUCAAUUGCUCUUGUAUGCUGUAUGACCUCCCUACCUGAGUUACAGUAUAUCCAUCGUACCGUUACAAUUUCUUUCUAGCAUUACAGCCCCCUGGAGCAGUUGUGAUUGACGGUCACAGCCAAAUCAUUGUCUUUUGCCUCGACACGAUUGACGGGAUCGGAUGGGGUUGCUAUUUGUUCAGUCAGUUUAAUUUGUUCACCCAUUUUGAUUAAGAAACGCAUGGAAGGAAAUUUCGUACGGGAAUAGCACUUUCUCCGAGAAAGGUCCACAACACUUCCGAAGCGUAUGAAGACGGAAUGGGAAGCUCGUUGGACAUGCAUGAUUUUACUUUCGGCCAAGGAGACGAGGACACAACUCACAAAAUGCAGCAGUUACAUACCACUGAACUGCUGGAUAUCCACUGUUCUCAGUGCUGCAAGAAAGUGAAUCUGCUCAGUGAUUUGGAUGCUCGCCUUCGAAACAUGAAGCGAAGCAGCCCCAAUAGAAAUAUAUCCAGCACAGCAUUCGGACACCAGCUGUUUCAGGCCAAUGUCCUUGAUUCGAAUCAGAGCAGCAGCACAGAUGAUUUGUUCACAGACAGUAUUGACUCCUGUGAUCUCAUCAUUACAGAGAAGGUGUCUUAUCUUGAGAAGAAGGUGACAGAGCUGGAGAGCGACAGUCUCACAAAUGGGGAACUUAAGUCCAAACUGAGACAUGAAAAUACACUACUUGUCCAUCGUGUGCACGAACUAGAGGAGCAAAUGAAGGAUGCUGAGGCAAGGGCAAAUCAGAGUCUGGAGGAGGAGAUGAAGAGACACUGUGAAGUUUACUGCAAGAUGGAGAGCGAAAGAAACACAGAGAUCGAAUUUCUGUGUAACAGGAUACACCAGUUAAAGGAAGAGAACGGAGACAUGAAGACACAUGUGCACAGACUCAAGUCUCACGCUGAGAAACUGGACCAGGAAAAGCAGAAGAAGAUGGACAAACUGGAGGACAGAAGUCUGAGGUUAAAAGAGGAGAUGGCCCUAUACAGGAAGAUAAUCGAUAAAGUUUGGCAUAACCGCCGUGAAUUUCGUAAGGAAAAGGAGGCCAUGCAAGAGUUAAUCGAUGAUCUCCGCAGAGAGCUGGACUACUUGCAGCUCUUUAUGAUGGAAAUGGAGCAUCCUGGAAAAUCCAAGAGCCUUUCUGAACACAAUAGCAAGCCUUGGGAGAUGGAAAUGGAACAAGAUGUGAAAAAAUUGAAACAGCACCAGCAGUUCCACUUGCCUUCUUUGGGCCAUGAUCGGGGGUUAAUGUUGCUGAAUUUGAAGAAAAAAAGUUACUACAGUACUGGGAAACAUCCGCAAGCAGAGUGUGAAAACCAUAAAUUGAGAGACCAGAAUGAUGACUUAAAUGCUCAGAUCCUAAGUCUGAGUUUGUAUGAGACUAAGAGCCCAUUUUCCUGCCACACAAAGGUCCAGUGUCUGGCUGCUGAGAUUGACAAUGCAUCAAGAGAUGAGAUAGUUGAUGCUUUGAAAGAAGAGGAGGAGAACAACAUGCGUUUGAGGAAAUACAUGGACAAAAUAAUUUUGGCCAUUCUUGACCAUAACCCCUCAAUCCUAGAGAUCAAAUGUUAAACUACAUUAGAAAAUCUCAAAAUCUGAUCACUGUGUCGUGAUUAAACAUAAAGAGGUACAGAAUGUUAAUGAAACAAGAGUAUACAUUAUUACACUGAGUUACUGAAUACAGUUCUUUUGCAAGUUGUAUUUUUUUGCUGAUUUAGGAAUAUUUUGGAUCGCUGAAUUUGAAAUUGACAUUCCUCAUUAGGUCAAGUUUUUAAGAUCAGUUAUAAUCUUAUAUUCUGAUGAAAUUAUUUACAUUUUUUGGGCAUUAUCUGGGGAUUUCUGUUCAUAUUUCUCAUCGGGGAGGUUUUAAGAGAAAAAAAAAUCAAAUUUUACAAACUUUACUUGCAGUAAAUUGACUUGAAAACAUUGAUAAAACAAACCUUCUGACUCGAAGUACUCACAACCCCCUUGGGGGCAUGACUCUAGGUUGAGAACUGAUAUGAAGUGAAUAUACCUGUACAUGUACUAUAUAUAAAAACAAAAACUAGGCCGUAGUUCAAAACAUUUACCUAAUUGAUGAAAAUCAGACAUAUUUCGAUUCAACAGAUCAAAAUGGUCCUAUAUCAGCUAAAGAAAUUCUUUGAAAAAUUGUUGUUGAUAAUUGUUAAUGUGAUGUGAAAGGUGCAAUGAAAGUAGUUUCAUUCAGACUUUAAAAACAUACGUUUUAUUAUACAGUAUAUAAUCAGUAAUGUAGUGCACACGGUUGCAAGGUUAACCCUUAUAGACUUCACCGAACAGCAUGAAUCUAAAAAAACAUGUUCUUGCAGUUGAGAAGCAAGACCAUAAUUGUCUUUCAUUAUUAUUAUUAUUAUUUAUUACUGUCUUAGUGAAAAAAAAAGUGGGGUGGAGUGGGGUAGGGGAGGGGAGGGAAUUGGUGUGAGAAGAUACAUAACUUCAAUAUUAACCCUUUCACACUGGUCAGAUCAAAUUUGACAGUAAUAACAGUUCUAUAAAAAUGCACUAAAAUCUCUUUAUUCCACUCUGAAAUAUGACUUUCCGUAAACCAUUCAAAAUCUACGAACAAGGAAAUAUUUAAAAAGGGAAUUCUGUCAGGGUUCAGGCUAGAAGUGUGACCCAUAUGCAGAGAGGAAAGAUAAAUUGGGUUAUGAAUUAAUAUUUAUUUUGAUAAAAGUGAUCUAAAGAACUUCGACUGCAAAACUUGAGAUUCAGGAUUACAGUGGGGAGCAGCAGGCUGACUGAGUGGGAGGGCAGGUUGUCAGUGUACCCCAAGAGAUGAGUGGGGAGUGGCAGGGAUCUGGAAUAGAUGGCAAACUAAAGACAAAGAAAAUCAGCAUGAGGCAGAGAAAAUGUCUCAAAGCAAGUUCAGAAGAUAUGAUGGCUAGAAUACAAAUGUGACGAGGUGCAUUCAUAGUCUGGUGACAGGAUAGAGUCCCACCAUCCAAAAAGUAGUCCGGGAUAAUUAGGAUGACAAGCUCCACCUGUUGGUCUCCCCGACAUCAACUCCUGCAAAAAAACAUGACACACCCAAACACACAGGAAUCAGGGUGCUGGAGCAGCAGCCCUGACAGUACCCUGCCUCCUACGGCUGUCACCAGGCGCAUGAGCCAAGCAACUGGGGUGGGCACAAUGGAAGGUGCGGAUCAAAGACUUGCACUAGAUAAACGCGCAGGCACCCAACUCUACUCCUCUGGACCACAGCCCACCCAGUUGACCAAGUAAUGGAGGCCGCAACGGACAUCCCGGGCUGACCACCUCACCACAGAACACAGGCACAGAUUGGAUCCUGUGCGUUUUUGCCACAAUUCUGAGAGUUUGGUUCAGCUAAGUUGUAUGGGUUCACUGAUUUUGGAAGGCAAGGCUGGUGAGGAAGCCAGUGGCUCAACAGAUGAUUUGGGAGAAGAGAAAGAAGUAGGGUAGACAGAGUUUGUGCCUGGUAAUGAUGCUCCCUUGUAUGCUUGACUUACCAAUCUAAUCAAAAGAUUAAUCGUCUGAUGUCGGGAGCUCGACUCACCCCUGGAUGCCAAUUUCUCCUCAAGUAAUUUAUUUAAAGCUCCCCGAAAAAACCUCCUGUUCUUUAAAGUUGCUCUCUGCAGCAAAGGUCCAUAAUAUGUGACCAAAUUCAGCCACACUGCAAGAGCCUGGUAAUUAUGCUCCCUUGUUCGCUCGAUAAUCCAAUCUAAUCGAAAGAUUAAUCGGCUGAUGUGGGGGACUCAACUCACACCUGGAUCACAAUUUGUCCUCAAGUAAUUUAUUUAAAGCUCCCCGAAAAACUUCCUGUUCAUUAAAGUUGCUCUCUGCAGCAAGAGUCCAAAAUGUAUUACCAAAUUUAGCCACACUGUGAGAGCCUUGUUGGAGGGACAUGCCUUCUCUUCUGCGCACCCGAUGAGCCAAAAUCUUCAUGAACAGGAAAAAAAUGACAUACUGAGUAGAGUAAGUUUCUUUCGGCUUGUCCCGUUAGUGGUCGCCACUCAGAUGAAUGCACAUAUUUGUUUGCCACAGUUUUUACGCCAGAUGCCCUUCCUGGCGCAACCCCUCUCAGCUUGUGAAAAGUUGUGUACCUUUUCCAAAAGCAAGGUGAAGGCGUGGUCGUGUUGUACCAGAAGUAUGCUUUGUCCGUUAACUGUUUGGCAGAGGGAGUUCAUCUCCGCUGGUUCUAUGAUGUGGCCAUACUAUUCUGUCAGGAUUCCGGCUGGAAGUAGGACUUAGAUGUAGAGAGGACAGGGAAAUGAAGUUGUGAAUGGAUAUUUAUUGUGACAAAAAUGAACCAAGGAACUUAUACUGCAAAACCUGGGAUUCAGGAUUCCAGUGGGGAGCAGCCUGGUGGACUGGGAGGGCAGGGCAGAAAAAUUGUCUCAAAGCAAGUCGAGAAGAUAUGGUGGCUAGGCUACGGACGUGAGGAGGUGUGUUGAUAGUCUCACAGCAUCUUAAAAGCACUCCAAUGUAAUUAGGAUGAUGACAAGCUGCAGCUGCUGGACCCCCACUUAUCAGCUGCAAAAAACACAACACACCCACACACAGGGCUCAGUCCGCUGGAGCAGCAGUCCUGAUACAUCCUUUUCUAGAGGUGCUACACAAUUUGUGUUCACUGAGGCUGUAGGGUUAAUGUUAGUAGGGUUAAUAUAGUUUUAAAAGAUUGUAGUUGUAAUUUAAUAUUGAAAAUUAUUAUGGGGAUAUUUGGGAUCUGGGUCAAUAUGUAAUGUUUUCCAGGAAAAUUAACAGUAUGUAAGGUCUGUUGGUUAUGUUAUGUAUGCCCAUCAUUCCUUCCCAUAAUGUUUUUUGUUUGUACUUCCAAUUGGUUUGAAGUUUCUAUAUUCUUACACUGUUGUAAAUAUUUUUAAACUACCUGUCUUCAACAGCAUUUUUGGAUGCUGCAUGUUUGUGAUGAAUGUGAUGAUAAAUAAGAAUGUGGAAGAACACUAAAUACAUGCUCUUUUAAAUGUUUUUGUUAUCAUUUGUUGAAAGGCAGCACAGUAGCCAAACCGGUUUGGACAUUUUGCUCACAGUUCUGUGGACUGGGGUUCAAAUCUUGGCCCUGCCCAUGUGGAGUUUGCAUGGUCACCCGUUCCUGUUUGGAUUUUUACCAGGCACUCAAUUUUCCCCCCUCAUCUAAAAAACAUGCAUUCGUUGAAGAUCUUGAAUUGCACAUAGGUGUGAAUGCGAUUGUGAAUGAUUUUGUUUUUAUGUGCCCUGCAAUUGGAUUUCGACCAGUUCAGGGUGUACACUGCCUUUUGGGAUAGGCUCCUGCUCGCCCGCAAUCCUAGUGAAGAUAAGCGGAACAGAAGAUGAAUGAAUGUUUAAGUCAAGUAAAUUUAUCAAUUUAUUUGUUUUCUUUCCAGUUUGUCUUGUAUAGAUUUACAUGCCUGCCAGAAUCUCUCAACCAUUCACUC